AUGGCCCGACCCGACCCCAAGAUCUGCCAGUCAGAUCCACCUGUACGGUCCAAAAAGACCGUACCAGAGGGACCUGCGCUACUUGAUGACCUCAAGCAGUGGGACAAGGAGGAGGAGAAGGAUGAGGAGGAGAAGGAUGAGGAGGAGAAGGAUGAGGAGGAGAAGGAUGAGGAGGAGAAGGAUGAGGAGGAGAAGGAUGAGGAGGAGAAGGAUGAGGAGGAGAAGGAUGAGGAGGAGAAGGAUGAGGAGGAGAAGGAUGAGGAGGAGAAGGAUGAGGAGGAGAAGGAUGAGGAGGAGAAGGAUGAGGAGGAGGACACCGCCUAG